CGUUCGUGAUGCGCUGCACUCUGCUGGGCGGAUUGUGCAUCUUUUGCCUACUGUUGGCCAUUAGCAUCGUCAUCAUCCUCCUAUCUCAGAGUUCGUCCUGUCCGUUGGGAACGUUUCGCUGCCUCGGUAACGACAGCAUCGGUCAGAUUGGAGUUUGUCUACCCCGCCGUUUGCUGUGCGACGGCCGAGCCGAUUGCCCCGAUGGCAGCGACGAGGAUCCCUACGAUUGCGCGGAUAGUCACGGAGAACUACAAUCAUUUAUCAACGACGAGCCCGACAAUCUAACCGAAUCCACUACCCCUGCAGCCACCAUCUCGCCAUUUUUCAUGGACUGCUUGGUCGAGGCCUAUCCGCCCGGAUGCACAUGUCGAAAUCGCACGUGGCUCUUUUGCCUUGAUUUGGAUUUGAUAUCGGUACCCCAAGUGAGAGCCCGCCUUUCCCGACUAGUGUUGAUGAAUAAUUCCAUCAGUCGUUUGUCUGCCACGGAUCUUGAAAGCUAUGACCUCGAAUUCAUGCGAUUGGAAGACAACCUUCUGGAGAUGAUAGAUGGCAACGCCUUAAAUGAACAACGCAACCUGACAACACUCAUCCUGGGAGGCAACAAACUGCUGGAUCUUUCUGCUAGCACCUUUCAGGGACUGGAACGUUUGCAGUGGCUCUUUUUAGAUCACAACCAGUUGAGCAACAUAAGCAUGAAAGUUUUCCGCCCGCUGACAUCGUUACGCUGGCUGGACCUGUCGCAUAACCAAUUGACUCUGGGACCGGACAACUUCUUCCCACAUUUGGAAUCGCUGCGGGAUCUCUUUCUGGGUGAAAAUCGCAUCCAGAUAAUUCGAAACAAUACGCUGGCGUCGUUAGUUAACCUGGUUCUUUUGGAUCUGAAACUCAAUUUAAUUCACGAAAUUGAUGAGGAAGCCUUUGUCAGCUUGCCCCGAUUGAGGUUUUUAGAUCUGUCCGAUAACAUGCUGGAGUACGUGCCUGAAAGUUUGUUCCGGUUUCAACGCAACUUGAAGCAGCUCCGUCUCGGAUUCAAUCCCAUCCAUCAUGUUCCAGCUGGACUUUUUCUUCCUCUUACCAAUCUUAAAACGCUACGGCUGCAAGAUAUUAAUAUUCCAGGAAUCAGCAAGAAAAUGUUUGCCUCUUCGACUCAUCUGAAGUCCGCGUACUUUAAGGAUUUCCUCUAUUGUUCGUAUGUGGCGCACGCUACAAAAUGUCAACCACUUUCUGAUGGAGUGUCAUCAUUUUCGGACCUGAUUUCACACAGUGCCCACCGCGGUUUUCUCUGGAUCAUCGGCAUUUUGACCAUCGUUGGCAAUGCUCUUGUCCUGGGCGGCCGUAACUUGGCCAAAACAGAGAACAGAAUUCUGGCCAUGUUCGUCAAAAAUCUGGCAGCCGCAGACAUGUGCAUCGGGAUCUACCUGCUAUGCAUCGGCGAGCGUGACAUCAGCUUCCGUGGCGAGUACAAUCAGCACGCACUCGAUUGGAUGAUGUCGUGGCAAUGCACAGUCAUCCGCAUUCUAGCCGUCUCGACAUCCGAGGUAUCGCUACUUUUGCUGACGUUCAUGUCAGUGGAGCGCUUUGUCAGCAUCUCUCAUCCGUUCGGCGAACGAACCCUCAACUUCCGAGCGGCUUUUAUCAGCAUGGCACUCAUCUGGCUCGUCGGUGGAGCUCUGGCUCUCAUCCCAGUGCUCUACCGGAGCGGAAUGGGUCGUCAUCACGGCAGCAACGGCCUCUGCUUCCCUCUGCACAUUCACGAACCAUUGGCUCUCGGUUGGCAGUAUUCUGCCUUUCUCUACAUUGGCAUCAACGGCUCAUGCGUCUUGUUGAUUGUUGGCGUGUACACGGCUCUUUUCAUAAGCAUCCGACGGACUAGGACAGCCACUCCGCUGGCGCCCAAUGAAAUCGAAAUAGCCGUCCGUUUCUUUUUUAUAGUUUUCACCGAUUGUCUGUGCUGGAUGCCCACCAUCGUUUUGAAAAUCAUGGCCCUCUCCAAUGUCUAUAUUCCAGCUGAUUUGCAUGCCUGGCUCGUGGUUUUCAUUUUGCCCGUCAACUCGGCCAUCAACCCGCUUCUUUAUACGUUCACUACGCCAACUUUUCGUGCGGCCGUUCGUGAUUUUUAUCACCGAUUUACUGUUUUACGACCGGAUUGGACCAGCGCUGCCACCAGCAGCAUCGGCCUCACAACUAUGGGCCGUGGCGUCCGCUCUAGCACCAGUUUCCGCAACAAUGACUUUAAUCAAUCAUCGGCACAAGCCAAUCAUGCCCCAGCAGCGACGGAGGAAAUCGGCCGACCGCAUAUUGAUAUGGUAUUAUUAGACAUCAGAGCUGAAACAAUUAUCUGUCAGCAAGUGAAAAGCAAAUCUCUGUGGAGGAGUGGAACGAAACCCGUCAACCGUUUCAUCGGCACAGAAUCGCUGUAGGGACGGUUUGAAAAGAACGUUGCCAGUAUGCAAUCAAGCCCUUCAACGUUGGUCUGUAAAUAUACGUAAAAUAUUUGUCAGCAGUGUGCCUGUAUUUGCGUGAAAAUUGUAAUACUCUGCCCCCUUCGUGUAUAUCUUGUGGACGAAAUCAGCAGCUAUAAAUAUCGAUUUUGCUCGGUUGAAAAGCUACCCACUUUGAACAGUGCUCCGGGUCUCUGUGAGACUGUCGCAAUGCCACCGUCAUCACAGAUAUCAUGUACCGUAGUAAUAGUCUAUUAUGUAUUCCAUCAGGGCGGAAUAAUCGAUUGGCUUUUGACUGAUGACAACAAUCCUCUGGCGACUGCGAGAACGACGUUUGCCAAAUGGAUCCCGAGAGAACACUAA